AUGGACUGCAUCAAGCUUUUGGAUAUGGAUUCGACGGAUUUGUUCGCCGCCAACAAUCCUUCGUACUGUGCUCUCGAAAGUACAGAUUUCGGCCUGGAAUUCGAGCCCCUCAUCUCUCACAGUGAUUAUGAUUCCGAGCUCGUCGAGAACACGAUACGGCCUUGGCAGCUCGACACACAGUACAACCUCUUCUGCGAUACCUACGAGGACAGCCCUCAGACCGUAUCGUCCAUCACCUCCAUGGUAUCAUCCCCUGUCAACGCCAUAGAGGACUCGAUGGGUCUUCCCGCAAUAUCCAACCCGCUCGACUCCCCAGACCAUUCCAAGACGAAGCGCCGAAGAGGGAGACCCCGUAAGUCCUCCCUCCUGAUAUCAUCCACCACGAUGGAAUCUCAAGCUUUCGCACCGCCGGUUGUCAAGUUACCUCCUUCUCAACAUUCCCUCUUUGUAGGAAGCGCACCAUGUGAACGGCCCUCCACGCAGCCACCACACCAGGUCCCGCACACAAUGGUCGAGAAACGAUAUCGCGAUCGAUUGGGGAAUUCGGUGGCCGAGUUACGAGCUGCCAUUCCUACCUUGCGUGCUCCGGGUAUACCUGCUGCGGUGGCAGAUGAGCAGCUUUCGAGAAGUCCUCUAACGCGUGGCUUGAAGUCGACGCAUAAGAGGAACAAAGCGAUGAUUUAUGCUAAAGCCGUCGAGUAUAUCAAGCACCUGGAAGCAAAGGUCGAGGAACAUGAAGAGAUUUGA